CCGGCGCCGUCGAAGAUGAGGAGAUCAUCGGUUUCUGGUGGUGGAGGGUGUGGUGAGGACUUCGAUUGACAGAGGCAUGCUUGAUUUAUGGCUGUAUAUUAAUGGCUGAACAAGAUGGAUGGGCCUCAAAGACACAGGAUUCUAAUGGUCUCUGACUUUUUCUACCCUAACUUCGGUGGGGUGGAAAGUCAUAUUUAUUAUUUAUCGCAAUGCUUGAUUAAGCUUGGUCACAAGGUUGUGGUCACAACACAUGCAUAUGGAAAUCGCUCUGGUGUACGAUAUAUGACUGGCGGUUUGAAAGUUUAUUACAUACCUUGGAGACCUUUUCUCAUGCAGAAUACAUUACCGACAUUCUAUGGUACCCUUCCUAUUAUAAGGACUAUCCUUAUUCGUGAGAGGAUAUCUGUGGUGCAUGGGCACCAGGCCUUUUCAACACUCUGUCAUGAAGCCUUAAUGCAUGCCAGAACAAUGGGAUACAAAGCUGUAUUCACUGAUCAUUCUUUGUAUAGAUUUGCUGAUGUUGGGAGCAUUCACAUGAACAAAGUGCUGCAAUUCACACUUGCAGAUAUAGAUCAGGCUAUAUGUGUUUCUCACACAAGCAAGGAAAACACAGUCUUGCGUUCUGGUAUAGAUCCAGAGAAGGUUUUUGUAAUACCCAAUGCAGUAGAUACUGCAAUGUUUACACCUGCCCCCAAACGGCUUUGUUAUGAUGAAAUUGUUAUAGUAGUCAUCAGUAGAUUGGUAUAUCGCAAGGGCGCAGAUCUCCUUGUUGAGGUUAUUCCAGAAGUUUGCCGGCUAAAUCCAAAUGUCCGUUUUGUUAUUGGGGGAGAUGGUUUAAAACGUGUGAGAUUGGAAGAGAUGAGGGAAAAAUAUUCCCUUCAAGACAGAGUUGAAAUGCUAGGGGCUGUUCCACAUGCUCAAGUGCGAUCAGUAUUAGUAUCUGGUCAUAUUUUCCUGAACAGUUCUCUCACGGAAGCUUUUUGUAUAGCUAUUCUUGAAGCUGCUAGUUGUGGAUUACUUACUGUCAGCACAAGAGUUGGUGGAGUCCCUGAGGUUUUGCCUGAUGAUAUGAUUGUGCUUGCGGAACCUACACCUGUUGAUAUGACCCGGGCUAUCAAAGAAGCGAUUGAAAUGCUUCCAAAUAUUAAUCCACAGGCCAUGCAUGAUCGGGUGAAAAAGCUGUAUAGCUGGCAGGAUGUGGCUAAAAGAACUGAAGUUGUAUAUGAUCGUGCAUUGUUGUGCUCUGAUGUGAGUCUCUUGCAACGUCUUCCACGAUACCUUAAAUGUGGGCCAUGGGCAGGAAAGCUGUUUUGCUUAGUUAUGAUGAUCAAUUUCUUGCUAUGGCAGCUACUACAAUUUUGGCAGCCUUCGAAGAGCAUAGAAGAGGUGCCCGAUAUUCUCAUACUUGAGAAUGAAGACAACGAGAUAUGCGGCAAAUUAAGAAUGCCUUGAUUUGACUAUUUUUUGUUACUGUCCUCUCACACCAUAGCUUUGUCUUCUAAUCCUUCAAGAUGGAUAUACUGGCUGAGGAUCCUCCAGUUCUUUCUCCCUUCAGCUGCGUGAAUAAAGGGGCAGCAUUAUUGUGAGGUCCUUCACUAUGGGAAAUUAUUAUAUGCGGACUCCGAAUGCAGAAAAUCGUCCAGAAUAAAUGUUCAGCAAAUCAGGAAAAGUCAGGAAAAACUCAUCAAAUACUCACAAUUGAGAAUUUGCUGAGUAUUUACUACAUAUCUACAAAUAUGGAGCAAAUCCGAACGAUCCUAUGCAUUCGAUGUUUGGAGUCCGCACAGAAUAAUUUUUCAUUCAUUAUAAGCAGAUAUAGCUCAACUCGGCUAGCUAUUUAUAAGUUUGCUAAAGGCAAACAAAAGUUUGUUUAUUUGUUAUUUUCACCUCAUACAUUUCUGACCCUUGGCUUCGUGAA